AUGCCAAAACCUCUGCAAGAACUGCUUGAAACAAGGCGGGCAAUAGAGAUUAUCCCAGGAGUGCUGUACUUUGCCUCAAUGGGGGAGAAAUUACUGCCGAUUGGGGAGUCUGUCGUCUUUACGGGUCCGUUGCGGCCGGCGUCCGCGCGGUCAGUGAACAUCCCGAAGGAGGAUCACAUUGAGGCUUCUGCCGCUAGCGCCGCACUGGCGGCAUCGACCGUUGAUUCGUUGGAGGAUCGGCCCCCAUCGCAAGGGGAGGGACGAGAGUCAAAAACCACCUCACGACGACGAACGCCUUCGCCGAUUAUAAAUGUUUCUCAUGUGCGUUCAAAUGCAGCUCAAGCCGUGAUUUUACGCAAGCUGAUUCUCCUUGGCGACAACGGGGACGAAAGUUUUGGCGGUGAAGUUGAGCAUGGGGCAUUCUACUUCUCCGUGAAUGAGAGUCCGUUGUUUCAGUAUUACCCCUUUUUUGCCGACUUUGGGCCGCUUGGACUGGACGCCGUGACACGUCUGUCGCGGUGCUUGAUGGGACUUCUGGAACACUGCGUUGCGUACGGUUGGGGGACUGACAGCAAUGGCAGGGAAAUCUUUGGCCCACGCGGGCGGCUAGAGAAAAUCACAGAGGGACACUCUGAGGCGGAGGCGACGAUGUCCUUAUUGCAUCCCAACAUCCCUCUUGUGUUCUGCAGCGGGCUCAGUAGUCACGAUCGCGCCAAUGCGGUGUGUUUACUCGCUUGCUUUUGUGUGGCCACACUUGGGUGGUCGGCAUCCGCGACCUGGCAGGCGUUUCAUUCUACAUAUCCUCCUCUUCUUCCCUUUCGCGAUGCGGGUAACGCUGCCUCGGCGUUUUCGCUGCCGAUUUUUGACGUCAUCUCGGGUUUAGAGAAGGCCGUGACGUUGGGGUGGUACAACGUCCGUACAUUUGACAUUGCGGAGUACGAGCGAUUGCGCCGCCACGACUGCAGUUGGGUUGUGCCGAAUACCCUUCUUGCCCUUUCGUCCCCAAAUAGCCACGUGCCUGGGCGCUCCGCCGAGGUGUAUGUCAAACUCUUUCACCAACUGAAGGUGACGCAUUUGGUUCGACUGAACGAGUCGCUCUACAGGCGGGAGAUAUUCCUUGCGAAUGGUGUUCAGCACUUUGAAUUGGAGUUCCCUGACGGCAGCGCCCCAAAUGAUGACAUCAUCAAACGGUUUUUUAAAAUUGUUGAGCCCAUCGUGUUACCGUCAAGUCGCGCAACAAAUAAAGGGGAAGAAAAAGGGAGGCCGCCACUGCUGCAGCUGCAUCAGCAUCAGAGUGGAAGCCCACGGUGGGGAGAACAGCGGGUCAAGAAGGUUAAAAGCGGUGGAGGUGCGGUGGCUUUGCACUGUCGCGCCGGUUUGGGGCGAACGGGGACUUUGAUAUGCGUAUAUAUGAUGCGGCACUUUGGAAUGACCGCACGGGAGAGUAUUGGGUGGAUUCGGUUGUGCCGCCCAGGAAGUGUCAUUGGUGUGCAACAAGAAUUUCUAGAGAGAAUAGAACGACGGUUUUCCCACAUGGCAAAUGCGGUUGAAAUAUUCCGCGCUGAAAGAAGCAUACGAGUCAUUGGCUCUCGUUCCAUGGAUCCCAGUAGUAAUUACACGUGCCAGAUCCGCGCUCGUCGACAUGUUUCCUCCGCACCAGGGUGGCGUCGACAAGGCCCGGCAGAAGGGGAAGGGGUCAAAAUGGAGGAGAGAGAAGGGACGAUGGUGUGCGAUAUGGCCACGACCCUUCCAGGACCGUUGUGGAAUUGGCAUUCCAACUGCCCCUCCUCCGAUAUUCUCGCGCCGGAGAAGAUGGACCCUUUAGUGGCGUUCCCGCUGGAGGCUAAGAUGCCCAACCAGUCAAGAGGCGCGUGGAUAUCCUCCGAGGAAAGAGCACCACCCCCAUUGCCAUUUUCACCCUCAUCCAUUUCGACACCGUCACGUAUGGUCCACAUGAGGCAGCAAAACCGUGAAAACAGCACGGAGGAGCAGACGUUCGAUGGCGAGCAUGCGAAGAAACGAGAUUAUACGAUCCAUGCAGCAACCACGUCCUUUCCCUCGUUGCCGCCAUCGGCAUUGCCUUCAGCCUCGUCAAGACCGAUAAGUUUAACGCCCACCACGGACGCGUGUUUCUCCACGCCCCAAAUGCGGGCCUUUACUCCUUCUUCACGGAUUCGAAAGGAAAGACAUGGAAACUUACGGGAUAUGCCCACUAGCGUCGAAAACAACGACGACAACAAGUACAAGUACAAAGAAAACAAUAACUUAACCGUGAAAGAAGCACAACUAUCAUGUUGUUUAAACGAUUCCAGUAACUUGCAAAGGGACGGCUUUAUAUUAGCGGCUGCUUCAGUGGACAGCAACGCCACACCGUUUUUACAUGUCUCCGCUUCCUCUGUGCCUCCAGUUGGAAUCACAACGCUGUUGAAGGGACCGCAGCCACGAAAUAAGCGCACCGUCAUGCUCACAAAACAGUUGGAAUUGGCAGCAGCAGCAGCGGCCGUGUUCGCAGAUCCCGGCUGGGGGGCGGCAUUGGUACGGUUAGAACCAUGA